GACCUGUUCGGCACUUGCCUGAGCUUCGCAACCAUGUCUGGUCGCGGCAAAGGCGGGAAGGGGCUCGGCAAAGGCGGCGCCAAGCGCCACCGCAAGGUGCUGCGCGACAACAUCCAGGGCAUCACCAAGCCCGCCAUCCGGCGCCUGGCCCGCCGCGGCGGCGUCAAGCGCAUCUCCGGCCUCAUCUACGAGGAGACCCGCGGGGUGCUCAAGGUGUUCCUGGAGAACGUGAUCCGGGACGCCGUCACCUACACGGAGCACGCCAAGCGCAAGACGGUCACGGCCAUGGACGUGGUCUACGCGCUCAAGCGCCAGGGCCGCACCCUCUACGGCUUCGGCGGCUGAGCCACUCGUUCCCAACAAUUUUGUUUCCACCAAAGGCCCUUUUCAGGGCCGCCCACUUCUUUCCUAAAGAGAGCUAUGCACCCAUUUCCCACG